AUGAUUUCUAAUGAACAUUGUUCUUCAUUAUCAGCAAGUUAUCGAUCAGCUAAUAGAUCAUCAAUUCCUAAUAGUCAAAAUGGUCUCAAUCAAAUCAUAACAUUAUCUCCGAUGGGUUUACCAACUCCUAAAUCAAUACCAUCUACUCCAUGUUCUCGAUAUACAAGAAGAAAACAUACGAGUGUACUUAGUCAUGAAAUUCGUAAUGUUUUCAGUAGAAAACCAAGACUAUCUAUAGAAGCUACAAUGGCUAUGAUGGGUUACCGAAUACGUAUGAGCAAAUUCUUAAAUGCUCGACUUGCUUUAGUAAGCGAUAUAAUGUGUUUUCUUGGUAUUACGGGUCUUGUUCUUAUGAUAGCUGAAAAUGAAUUAACAUUCAAUCGUGUUAAUAAUGGAGAUACUCAAGCUAGCUGGUCAAUUAAAUUAAUUAUUAGUGCUACUACAACGAUGCUUCUCGGUCUUAUUUGUUAUUAUCAUUAUUUAGAUUUAAAACUUUAUACGGUUCGAAAUGCUCUUGAAGAAAUUCGUGUUGGUAUAACAAAAAGUAGAAUAUGUUGGUUUAUAAGUGAAAUCGUGAUUUGUGCUGUUCAUCCAAUGCCUCGAUCUAGUCCUCAUUUGAAUUCUGAACUGUUAAGUUCAUAUAUAAGUUUAAAUUCAACUCAUACUCGUUCUCUAUCCUAUACAGCUGUUGAUGUUGGAUUAGGUUUACCAAUGUUUUUACGUCUUUAUUUACUUGGUCGAUCAGUUAUGUUUCAUUCACAUUUAUUUCGUGAUGCAUCAUUACGAUCAAUUAAUUGUCUUAAUCAAGUUUCAAUAAAUUUCUUCUUUCUACUUAAAACCUAUCUUGAACAAUGGCCAGUACGGUGCUUAAUGACAUUUUGUAUUAUUGCCUUUUUUAUUGGAAGUUGGUGUUUGCGUGCAUGUAGUUAUAAAUCAACAGGAGAACAUUUUUCCUUACCGGAUGCAAUGUGGCUUUUUAUUAUUACAUUUACAACUAUUGGAUAUGGAGAUGUAUAUCCCACGUCAUAUUGUGGACGAGGUAUUGCGUCUUUAACUGGAUUGAUUGGUCUUUUAGUAUCUGCUCUACUUAUAACUGUUCUUACACAAAAACUUCAUCUAACUCGUGAAGAAAAAUAUGUGCAUACAUUUGUAUUGAAUACAGAAUUAGCGAAAGAACGUCAAAAUCAUGCAGCAAACGUUGUAAAGUUUUCCAUUAAAAUUUGGUUUUAUAAACGACAAAAUAAAAUGAAAUAUCUUCCAUGUUUACAUGCACAACGGCAUUUAUUUCAAUCAAUAUCGAAUUUAAAACAAAUUAAAAAAACACAAAGAUAUUUAACAGAUCAUUGUGUAGAUUUACAUGAAGUAAUGACAGUACAACGUAAUACAAAUGCACAAAAUGAUGAAACAAUACAACAAAUGACAGAAAUGAAAUGUGACAUGAAACAAAUUGAAGCUAAACUUAAUAAUAUAACAAAUAGAAUGGACAAUUUACAAAUGACUCUUAAUAUGUUAUUGAAUAGAUAA